GAAUAUUCAACAUGGCGGCGAAGGCAUGCUUCGAGCUGUAGCGACUUUGAGAUCAAUUUUUUUGACAGUCAUGGUAAAUCUUACAACUGUUGCUCGGGCGAGGAAACCUACUAUUAUUUAUGGAUUCAAAAGAGGCAAGGUUCCGGCGAAACUUCGUCCAAAUAUACUUCCCAAACCUCAAGUACCUGGAGAGGGAAGUUGUAUGAAUGAGAUGUACAAGCUUAUGGCAUGCUGGAAAAGCAACGGAUUUAUCGACACCCACUGCCAAGAAGAAAUCAAUUUAUUUCUCGACUGUGCUUCUAAUCAGAUGGGCACAAGAAAAUCUUCCUCUGCCUGGACCCUAGAUGAAAUAAAUGCUACACUAAAGAGACACACUCCCUAUGUGAAGAAAAGACAGAGUCAUGAGUCAGACUCCUAUAUUGUGGAAGAAAGACACUAGGAUAGAAGUGAGCUAACAAGAAGCACUCAGAUGAGACUGCAACAGUAAUCUGGGCAUUUCCAUGUUCUGUAAUUAACAAGCCUAUUUUUCAAUUAGGACUAAUUUUUGAUGAAGUGUUAUUAAUUUAUAAGCAAAACUUAAACUUAUUAAUCUCGUCAGCCACUCAAAAGUAAGCUAAACAUCACAAGGAGAUGUGAACUGGCAUGAUAGUGUAAAAAUGGCGGGGAGCAAGUCACUUUUGAUAAGGGUUUUAUUAGUGAUCAAGAGACUGAGGAGAGGGACAGACUGAUGAGACAGUAGAAGUCUUCUAGACCAUUGUUGAAAGAUCUGAUCAACUCCAUUGUGUCUGUAUCAAUCACAGAAUAUAGAAAUGCAAUCAUGCAAAAUCAUAGAGGCUAGAAUAGUUUAAACACUCUUUUGACAGUAUUACUUUACAUGAAUUUGUAGUGCUUGUAAGCUAUACAUAUGAGAGUUAUGCAAUUCUACUUUAAAAGAACCUUUCUGCGUGCACUUAAGGAGCCUGAAGAAGUUCAAAUGUUUAAUUAACGAGUUCAUAUGAUAUCUGUAAAAAUGUGCUGCUGAGUCAAAGUGAAGACAUUCAGUGACUGACAGGAUACAGUCAAACCUGUUAAAGUGGUCACCCACGAGUAAUGGCUGGGUGAACGCUAAAUAAAGGUUCCAAAGAAUAAGGAUAAUCUAAAAAAAAAAACUGCCCUUUUACGCCAUAAUUGACCCCUUAAUGUGCAAAAAUCGCUUAAGAA